CUGUGAAAAUGGAGUUUUGUGGCUUUACAUUUUUUUAUAACAGGGUCCAUUUUAUUUUCCCAACCAAAGUAAACGGGUAUUACAGAAUCAUGUAAAACCUUUCAAGAGGGAGGAAAUCCGAUUUUAUGUGAAACAUUUGAAAGCAGCAGAAUUUUUUUGGGAGGAGGGAGGCUACAGAAACAAUGUUGCCUCAAAGAUAACGUCGUAGCAACUGGACAAAUCGCAGCUUUACAUCAUUAUUGUGCUAAAUGGGUGUUUGCCAGGGACACAUGAGGUGUCAGCAUGCCUUAUACCAGAGGCAUGAUGCUGGAAGUUGACAGGACCUUGGACAAAAAAACAGUCUGCUGCAUCAUGACAGCUCCUCCAAGUUGACAGGUGUCUCCCACCCAAUGGAAGCCAAGCACUGCAGCAGGCGAUGGAGGACACAGAUCCCACAGUUUAUACACACCAGAAGCCCACCCCAGUCUACCAAAGACACAGAAAGAGAGAGCAUGGAGAAAGAAAGGGAAAGAGGAGGUCCACGAAAAAGUGUUACCAUGGCACCCACCUCCAGGUAUUUAACUGACCGGCAGUAUGUCAUGAGGAAACCUUUGUUCUCUGUGGAACAGCAGACGUCUAUCUUGAAGAAGACACACCCACAGGAGCACCCUGAGAAGGACAAACACUGGACAGGUUGCAGGACAGAAAGAUAUCAGCAGCAGGCUAAUAUGGACUUCCUGACCAGACCAAGAGAAGAGGUGACCUCAGACAGCCUUGGCCUCUCUCAGGGUAACGCCUCACCUCCUUCAACCUGCAGAGAAGACCUCAGUUCAUCCCUGGGUGUCUCAGAUCUUAUGGGCAGGCUGUCCCAUGAAGAACCCACCUUUGGAUCACCCUACCUAGGUAGCAUAGUGGCUCGACACAGCCUCUCCAGCCCAUCCCUGGAGGUCCAUACCCUAACCUCGCCUCUCAGGCCUCGACUGGCUUCGACUCUCCUGUCUCCUACUUACACUCCCCGCUCACGUUACUCCAGGUCUCAGCGAACAGAGGUCAGGUUAGGUGGCAAGGGAGGAAGAGCAGGAGAAGUGGAGAGAGACCUAACUAUGUGCUCUUCCAUAGGUUACUUAAAGAGACGGUUUUCACCCGCUCUCCACACCAUGUCCCCCAAUCAGGCUAACUACUGGGCCUGCGCCAUCCCUGAGUCUUUGCCCCCAUCCCCAAACAGGAGUUCUCCAAGCUGGGACCCAGACAGAGAGUACCAGGCCCUCUUGGACUACACAUACCCUCUGAGGGCAGGAAGGGUUGUCAGUGAGUGGGAUGGGUCUGAACUGCAGGAUCAAUCUAACCUCCAAACAGAUCCAGGCUUCCAGGACUCAGGAAUUGAACUUGACCACCUUUGCAACUCCACCAGCCUAUCAGGUUUGGACUUUCCCCUGAGCGGCACAGGACAGAUCAGAGAAAAGGCAACUCUUAGUGCAGGUCAUAGGUUGUGUGACCUCCGUGGGCUCUCGAAAUCCUCAGAUGGCCUGGCUUUGGGUAGCUCACUCUCCUUAACUGAUCCUAUUGGUUUGUCCUUGGAAAGUCUGGACAGCAAUAAGGAUAGAGGUGGAAUGAAGGGCACUCGUAAUGAAGGUGAUUGUCACUACCAUCAUCACCAUGCAUCACAGUCCUCCUCCUCCACUGCCUUUAUCCGCUCCACCAGACUUCUUCCCCGGCCUGGAGGUGUCGGUGGUGUGGAGUGGGAUGAGGAGUUCCGUCCGCUCCCGGACCAGCUGGAAGAGCUGCAGGUUCUAUCCAGGCAGGUAAGGGAAGUGACAGCCCAACUGAGCCAGCCUGUCACAGCCAGCUGGGAGUCUCUGGAGCCAGGCACCACCUCCAUCCUCUCUUCCAUCACCCUGCCUGAGAAACAGGAUGCUGAAGAAGUGGAAGAGCAAGUCAGAGAACAGGAGGGUGAUGGUCAAGAAACAGAUGAAGGAAAAGAAAAUGUGGAAGGAUGUGUGCCGGAGACAUCUCAGUACCACAGUAAAUCACUUCAUCAUGGUGAUUCCUCUGAGGCUGAGAGGAAGGGUCCUAGAGCCUGGAUGGAGUCUGUCAGUGGAGGACUGAGUCGCUCCAGUCUCAGGGAGGUGGAGGCUUUGGUGGAGCAGCUGAGUGGCCUGACCCUGCCCGACAUGCAGAGGAGGAGCCAGGAAGAUCAGGAGCAAUCUGAAUCCCUCAUGCAGCACAUCCAGAUGUUCUGUUCAAACCUGGAGCAGCUCAUCCGGUGGCUUUAUGCUGUUUCGGAUAGGAUUGAAGGGCUGGCUCCACCCACUGUGGACAUUGAGAGUGUUAAGGCGUCGCUAGCUGAAUAUCAGAGUUUUCAGAGGGAAGUGAGUGACCAUCAGCCCCUGACCACUUCUGUUCUGCAGACCGGAGAGCUUCUCCUCGCCUGCAUCAACAGCACAUCUCCAGUUUUAAGAGACACGCUGCUUCUGAUUGAGAGGCAGUCUAGAGCACUGGAGACGCACACCGAACACCUCUUCUCCUCCAUCCUGUCUGCUAUGGACAGCCUGACCCAACCCAGCCAACCCAAUAAAGUGAAGGAACCCAGGGCUGGGGGCCAAGGGACCAUGGGGGUCCAAGGGUCCACUCUGUGAACACUUCCUUUUCAUUACACCUGUAUGAAAAAGCCAGUGUACAAGGAAUGCAUUUUUUAAUUAUUUAUUUGUUUUAUUGCUGACUUCCAAAAGCUUGCUUUUUUGGGUACAAAGUUUAUAUGUACACAACUUCAUAACUGACUUUUUAUUCUCUCUUCUAUUCCUUUUAUCACUAGCCGUUAAGUUUGGCACAAGUUUUUAACUUUGUUAUGGAGAGAAAAGACCACCAAAAAAUGUCAAAAAUCUUACGAAAGUUAUGUCAGGGAACAGUUAGAUCCACUUUUCUUUCGUAGCUGAUGUUGGUGAUAUUUCCACUACAACUUUUAUUUUAUUAUACUGACUAAAUAUGAAAAUGUUGUCAGUAAGCCAUUGCCUCACUUUGUCAGUAGAAUGAAGUGGAUAUAAGAUGGUUUGGAAGUUUUUGAGCCAAUUGAUAUUCGAUGCAGUGAAUUUGGCAAAUCAAUGUCCCUGAUGAGGUAUUUUUGUUUCCUGUCAUCCUUUACAUAUUUUUCAUGAAGCUUUAA